UCGAAAUUUAUCUCAAAAUGAAUUUACUAUUGUCAGUGCAAUAUAAAUUCAUGGUUUAAGGAUUUAGUUUUUAAAUUUUUUUUUUUCAUUUAUAUUUAUUGAAUAAAAUAUAUAAAUUUUUAUUAAUAUCAAUCUUUUACAAUUUGUAACUAAUAUAUUAGUAAAUUUAUAAAUUGUAAGUUAUAACUUGUAACAAUGAACUGCGAAUAGAGUUGGUGAAUAAGAAGAACAAGUUUUGCCUUCUUUCAUACCGUAUAUUACCGGCAAAAGUAGUGUGCAAAAAAAUAUUUAUUUCCGUUUAAUUAACUAAAUUUAACUAUUUUCAGAAUAAUUUAACAAAACAUACAUAAUAAUAUAAAUACAAAUAUAUAAAUAUAUAUAUAUAUAAAUAUUAAUAAUUUUUAAACAUAUUUGUUAAUAAAACGUAAUGUAAGGCAUUAUUAAAUAGAAUAUUUACAAUGUUUUGUAUACGAUCCAUUAAACUUUUUCAAAUAUUAUUUGACAUAAAAACGCUAGUUACGACUCGAGAACAAAGGUUUGAUAAAUUACAUAAAGGAGUAUUUCUAAUUACAUUUUUCGUUGUUUUUUUAUUCAAAAAUUAAAUUAUAAAUAUUUUUAGCAUCUGUUAUGUAUUAUUUUUAUUUUCAAAGUUUUCUUUAAUUAUGCAAUAUAAAAUUAUUUAUUAAAUUAUUAAAUUAUUAAUAUAUUGUUUAUGAAAAUAAAUAUUGAUUUUAAUAAUUUUAAUUAUUUUCGUAUAUAUCAAAAUGUAUAUUCUGAAUUAGAAUCUUUAACAACUUUUGGAUGUCUAAAUAUGCCAGGAUGUGCAGCAGUUGGCUGCAACAAUCGUAGUGAAAAAGGUUAUAUUAUGAAAUGUUUUCCACGUGAUCCAAAAUUAAGGAAAAUUUGGCAAGAACGUGUAGCUAGAGCUGAUUGGGAACCAUCAAAUAACUCAUUUCUUUGCCACGUACAUUUUGAACCUCAAGAGUGGUCUAUAACUCAAAGUGGAAGAAUUAGAUUGAAAAAAAAUGCAGUUCCUUCCAUAUUUACUGUGACAUCUACUAGAAAAUCUCCUAAAAAAAGAACAAAAUUAUUUGAUGAUAUAGGUAAAAACAUAUUACAAGGUGAAUAUAAUAUAGAAUACAUGGAAAACGAUAUUGAACAUUCAUCUAUUGAGCAUUUAGAAGAGAAAGAAUUGGAUUUUCAGGAAACUGCUGAAUCAUCUAUAGAACAAUCUAUUAAAAGUAAUUUUAAAUCUACCUAUAAAUCUAUAGGAACUAAAAAAGAAGAGAAUAUUAAUGUUGAUCAUCAAAAACAAAAUAUUGUAAUGAUUGCUGAAGAUAAUCUUACUGAUAUUAAUAGUUUAAUGGAGCAAUAUAAUUUUGAAGUGCAAUCAAGUGAUAAUAAAAAAGAAGUUGGAUUGUCCUUAAUUAUGGAAAAUUCAGAAACUACUCAGAUACCAACUAUUACUGUGAAAAAUGAAAUUAAAAUAGAAGUUAUGGAUCAUAAUACAUUUGAAGAUAGUUAUGAUGAAAUUGAAGAAAAAUUAAAACAAAUUUGUGAUGGUGGAAUUACUGAAGAUGAUUAUAAAAAUGAAAAUGAGAAAAAAUUAAAAAUUAAGAAUCAAAAAGAAGAUGAAAUUGAAGAAAAAAUGGAUACAAAUAGUGAGUAUACUAAUGAUGAUCAUAAAGUUGUUUCAUCAAAAAAAAAUGAAGUUGGUCAUAUACUUACAGAGAAAGAAGAAAAUGUAGAAAUAAUUUUUGGCACUGAAAGUGGAGAUGAAAAAUCAUCUAUGUCUCAAAAUAUAUCAAAAAUAAAUAAAAUGGAUAAUAAUACUUUAAAACAUGAUGAAAUAAGUAUUAAAGAUGAAAAAAAGAUUUUUAAUGAGGAUAUAGAAGAAAAUUUCACUAAAGAUGAAGUACAUGUUAUACCAAAUAUAAGAGCAGCUAUGAAACGUAAAAGAAGAACUAGGGAAGAAAUAAUGAAAUCAAUAAAAAAAUCAAUUAGAAGUACUUCAGAUCAAGAUGUUAAUUCUUCAAGCAAUAGUGAAUUAUCUGAGCAAGACACAGAAAUCAGAAAUGAAUUAUCAUUACUUUCACAGGAUAUAAAUGAUGUUUCUAAAAAUGAUAUAGAAGUAGAGACUGCUAAAUUUGUUAUCAAAGUAACUGGUGAUCCUGAUGAUGUGACUGAAAUUAUUGAAGAAUUAUCAUCUAAUACAAUAGGAACACAAAUAUCAAAAGAAUUUAGUUCAGUUUCUAAAAAUGAAGAUGAUGAUACUGUUAUUACAUCUGUUAUAACAGUAUUAUCACCUAAAAAUCUUCAAGGAAUUAUUAAUGGAGAUUUUAAUAAUCCAUUAUUAAAGGAUGAUUAUAUAACUUCAAAUAAAAAAGCAUCAAUAAUAUAUAUGAAUCAAUCUCCCUGUGAAGAAGUUAUAAAUUUAAAUUCAAUUCAUAAUUCUAAAACAUAUUCUUCCUGUUUUAAACAUAUAUAUUCUGAUGAAGAAGAAAGACAUAAGAUGGGGAUUAAUUCACCAUUACAAAAUUGUAAUGUACAAACUUCCUUGGAAAAUAAUACUGGUUGUGUUCCUUCAGAUUAUGAAGAUCUCUUAGAGAGAAUACAAAUUCAAGAAGAUGUGAUUACAAAAUUAACUGAUCAAUUAAUUAUUUAUAAAGAAUUAGAAAACAAUAUGAGAAAUAAAAAUAAUGAACAUGAAAUGUUAACCAGAGAAAUAGAAUCUUCUAGAAUUAAUACAAGAUCAAGUAAUACACAAUCUUCAAUUAUUAAUAAGAAAAAUUUAGAAUCUAAACAAAGAUUGAUAGAAGAUUUAUCAAACAGAGUGAAUUAUUUUGAAGAAAUGAAUAAGAAAUUAAUGAAAACUGUAACAUUGGAAUCUCAACAAAAAAGAAAGCUUGAAGGACAAAUUAAGCAAAAAGAUAAUCGAAUAAAGGAACUUAAUUGGAAAUUAGAAAAAGCUUCAAAAUACCUUGAAAGAGCAGAGAAAAACACAAAUACUUAUAGAAGGAAAAUGUUAAACAUGCAAACUAUUAUGAGAAGAAGAAAACUUUUAGAUGAAAAAAUGAGCAAAUUUAAUGAAAUGUUAAUAGAAACUUCUAAACAAGAAUUUUCAGAAAAAGUUUUAUCUAUGGCAACAGAAAUUAGAAAAGUUUGUGGAAGAAGUGGAUAUGAUAAAUUGCUUUCUUAUGGAUUUCCAUUACCACCAUUAUCAGUUUUAAGAAAAGGAAUUCUCAAUGAAGAUUUCACAGAUCUUAAUAAAAGUGACAUAGAUGAAGCACAAAAUUCUAUAAAUAUAAAUGUUAAAACUGAAAAAACACAUGAUAUAAAUAAUGAAUCUGAAAUAGAUGAAAAAGAUACAGAACUUCUAGAUUCUGUUAGUAAAGUGACUGAAUAUGAAAGUGCAGAAACUGUAACAGGAACUGUGCAAGAUAUUUUUGACGAAAACAAUGAUGGUGAUGAUUUUAGUACAAAUGAACUAAGAGAACAUUUUAUUUUACAACUAAAUGCAGUUAUGUAGCCAUAAUUUUGUAUUUUAAAUCAUCUUUCUUUUAUAUCUUAAGAAUAUUUGUAAUAUUAAGUCAUAAAUACUUAGAUAAAAGUUCUUCUAUCAUUGUACUAUAUGUACCAUUGUGCUCUUAAUAAUUAUAUUUAUUGUACAGUAUCAUCUGAUGUUCUUACUUCAAAUGUAAAUAUAUAUAAAAAUAUUAUUAUGUAUGUAUAAUAUAAAAGACCAUUUUAAUUAAUGAA